UUAGUGACCUCCGAUCGGUGUAACCGGGUGUCGUUACCGCCAGCGUGAAUAACAAUCUUACUGUAUUUAUGUUUAUCCUUAGCCAGCAGUUUCAGGUAAGAUUUAAUGUCGCCCGCUCUGGCCCCAGGUAAACAUUUAACUAUGGUUGCUGGAGUCUCUAAUGCCACGUUUCUGACUAUGGAGCUGCCAAUGAUCAGAGUCAGCUUGUCAGUGGGUGCGUCACUGCGUGGGUUUGUGGUGCCCCACGGGCUGGGUUCUAUGCUUCCUACGUACCGUCACCCAGCCGGCCUGAGGUCCCGGCUGCUCGGGUUCUGCUGGGGGACCACUACGGGGUGAUUCUGAUCUAGUUAGCCCCGCGCUAGCUAUAUAGCUACGGUUAUCUAUGGGCUUUUCAACAGCGCGGAGCCGGGCCUCCAAUUCCGACACCCUGGCCUCCAAAGCUACAAAAAUGCUACAUUCAUUACACGUACCAUUAUCACUAAAGGAGGCAGAGGAGAAACUAAACAUCUGACACAGAGAGCAAGAGAUAGGAGACGGAGAAGCAGAGACAGAAGUAGCGAUAGCCGUGCUGAGGCUAAGCUAACUGGACGAGCAAACUGUUCAACACCAAAUAAACUGCGUGCGAACUCAAAUGGUUCCCUAAAAGCUAGGUGGAACAACAGAAAAUGUGUGUUUUAGCGUGCUUAUGUGCUACAAUAACUCACAGAUAUCCUGUUACAGAGAAAUUAAAUCAGUUUUAGCGAGCCAUAAACACCCAACAGCUACACAUAGUGCAACACUGAAAACAGCAAAUGAUGCAAGACGCCUUACCGCAGGAAGUAGCAUGCAUGGAUGUUUCGGGUCAGUGGUCAUUGCUGGUCCAUGUUCAAAAAUGACAUCAACUUUAAAACGUUGAUUACAGCAAAUGGAUUAUCUAAUCAAUGUUCAGAGAUUAAAACUUAGCAUCAAAUAGUGUUGAGUGAUGUUUUUGCUCUACAUGAAGAAUGCUGAGCCCAUAUAAUGAGUCUCUCACUCCAGUUUUCUGUUUCAAUCCGUAUCUUUGCUAUAUUCUCAGUGUUUGUGCUUCAUCUACAUUGUGCAGAUGCUGAUCGAGCCCAAAAGCAUGGAAUGGAUGAGUUUAUUUCAGCCAACCCGUGUAACUUUGACCAUGCCUCCCUGUUUGAACUGGUGCAGCGCCUCACUCUGGAUCACAGACUUAAUGACUCCUACUCCUGUCUGGGCUGGUUCAGCCCUGGUCAGGUAUUCGUCAUGGACGAAUACUGUGCUCGCUACGGUGUUAGGGGCUGCCAUCGGCAUCUAUGUUACCUGGGUGAUCUGCUAGAGAGGGCGGAGAAUGGUGCCAUGAUUGACCCAACUUUACUCCACUACAGCUAUGCCUUCUGUGGCUCUCAUGUCCAUGGAAACAGGCCUGAUGGUAUUGGGACGGUAACAACUGAGGAAAAAGAGCGCUUUGAGGAGAUCAAGGAGAGGCUUCGAGUGCUUUUGAAAAACCAGAUUACACACUUCAGAUACUGCUUUCCCUUUGGACGACCAGAGGGGGCGCUAAAGGCAACUCUGUCCUUGCUUGAAAGGGUUCUGAUGAAAGACAUUGUCACCCCAGUCCCUCAAGAAGAUGUCAAAACGGUCAUCAGGAAGUGUCUGGUGCAGGCAGCUAUGGUAAACUACCAGCGGCUGUCAGAAUAUGCUAAACUGCAAGGCAAAAAGAGAGAGAUGUAUGAGCAUCCUGUCUUCUGCUUGGCGUCUCAAGUGAUGGAUUUAACUAUCCAGAAUGCUGGGCGUUUAGCCACCCCUGCCAAAAAACUGGAGGACACUAUUCGCUUGGCUGAGCUGGUCAUCGAGGUCCUUCAGCAGAACGAGGAGCACCAUGCUGAGGCUUUUGCAUGGUGGUCAGACCUGAUGGUGGAACACGCUGAGACCUUUCUGUGUCUCUACUCAACCGACAUGGAUGCAGCCCUCGAAGUUCAGCCACCUGACAGCUGGUACAGUUUCCCCCUCUUCCAACUGCUCAACGGCUAUCUGAGAAUGGACAAUAAUCUGUGCAACGGGAAGUUCCACAAACACCUACAAGACCUGUAUGCCCCUCUGGUGGUGCGAUACGUGGACCUGAUGGAGUCAUCCAUCGCUCAGUCCAUUCAUCGAGGCUUUGAGAGGGAGUCCUGGGAACCUGUUAGUAACGGCUCGGCAAUAUCAGAGGACCUCUUCUGGAAGCUGGACGCUCUGCAGACCUUCAUCAGAGACCUCCACUGGCCAGAAGAAGAGUUUGGCACGCAUCUGGAAACCCGACUGAAGCUGAUGUCCAGUGAUAUGAUUGAAUCCUGUAUAAAACGGACACGAGCUGCGUUUGAAGUUAAACUUCAGAGGAGCAGUCGGACCACAGACUUCCGUGUGCCACAGUCCAUCUGCACCAUGUUUAAUGUCAUGGUAGACGCCAAGGCACAGGCUGCCAAACUGUGUGCCAUGGACCUGGAGCAGGAGAGACAGUACCACUCCCAAAUUGACGAUCUUAUCGAGGAGACAGUGAAGGAGAUGAUAACUCUGCUGGUUGCUAAGUUUGUGGUCAUUUUAGAAAGCGUCCUAUCCAAACUCUCCAGAUAUGAUGAAGGAACUCUCUUUUCUUCCUUCCUGUCUUUCACAGUGAAAGCUGCCUCAAAGUAUAUGGAUGUACCUAAGCCCGGGAUGGACAUCGCUGACAGCUAUGUGACGUUUGUUCGUCAUUCACAGGACAUGCUACGGGAGAAGGUCAGCGAGGAGGUUUAUGUGGAGAGACUCUUUGAACAAUGGUACACCAGCACAAUGAACCUUGUAGGAACAUGGCUGACUGACCGCAUGGACCUGCAGCUGCAUCUUUAUCAACUGAAGAUACUCAUCAGGAUUGUCAAGAAAAAGUAUCGUGACUUCCGUCUCCAAGGGGUGUCGGACUCCACGUUGAACAGUAAAAUGUACGAUACGAUAAGAAACCGCCUGACCUUGGAAGAAGCCACCGCCUCAGUGAGAGAAGGAGGGAUGCAAGGCGUCUCUAUGAGGGACAGCGAUGACGACGACAAUAAUCACUAGAUCAAAGGUCUCAAGGUCACCAAAAAGUCAAGGCUUUUCAGAUGGUGAGCCCAAACUGCCUUUACUUUAGCUCAGAGCAGAUCAUCUUAUCUUGUUUGUGAUUCUGAGAUAGUUACAUAUUCCUGUUGGCGACCCUUAAAGUUAGUAUUUAACCCUCCUUCAGUUCUAGCUUCUCACCAGUACAAAUGAUGUAACGGUAAAAUGAUUCUGUUAACUAAAAUAUAAAACACUCUGUACUUAUGUGUAAAUUUCAUCAUGAAAUCUUGCAAAGCCUUUCUUGUUUUAAUUAAACAGUGAAACAAAAGCAGCUAAAUGAAUCCAGAACAUAUUUGUUAUGUUGUUACAAACACCUGACAAAGUGAGCUAACAGCCGAUCUUUAUCGUUAGCAAUGACUGGCCCUAACCCUCAUCAGAACAGAGCACAACAAGCAUAACUAUUUCCUUACACCCGGUGUGUGUUUUAUAGUACCGUUCCAGUAAGAAAACCUCUUCUAUUAUCAACUGUUUGGAUCAGUUUUUACUUUGGGUUUUUGUUGAUGUAGGCCGUUAUACUGUGAUUCAAGAGGAACUGGGUUAUUAUUACAAUUCAUUUCAAUUCAAAGAUACUUUAUUAAUCCCAGAGGGAAAUUAGAAUGUCAGUACACAUGAUUCUGAGAUCAGACAUACACACAUGACAAGAAUUGGUGACUGUGGUCAUUCGCAACCCGAGUCGAGCUACCUUAAUAGAGAUCAGAGGGUUUACAUGAGGAUAGAGUCAGGGGGAGGAACAAAAGGCACUUCAGAGUUACCCUCCACCAGGAGGGCAGCUUUGCUCUGCAAAAACCACCUCAGACAGAAAUACACACAGACUUCAGACAUCACCCAACAUAAGUGUCCACUAGGUGGGGAGGUAGGGUUGGGACUCUCCUCACUUCAGUGCGUGCAGCCACAUGGGGCAGCGCUCAUCACCUCCGUUUGGACAGGGGAGGGAGAUAAUGGGUUAGAGAGCACAUUGACUCUGAGAUAUGGUUCCACAGCCUUCACCGGUCACAGUCCCGCCCAGGCUGGGAUAGAGAGAAAGAGUUUCCAUAGCGACGGCAGCAUUCCACAUUUCUUCUGAGGGGAGUAUUCACUUCAGCCUCACAGGCUUCAAGGGCACCAGAUUCAGAUAAAAAUUGUUUUGGGGACAGCCAGAGAUCAUUUCCUCUCUGCCUUAGCGUUCUGUUGGUCUUCAACCCCUCUAGAUCCAAUAAUGGCGUAAUUAAUCAAUCCCAAUCCGUGCUGAUCCGUCCACUCGCUCCUUGAUGGUAUCCACCUUUUGGUGGAGUGCAUGUUUUUGAGAUUGACAUGGUAAUGAUCACAGCUGGACUCAUGUUACAGUGGAUAUGUGGUUUUUAUAGGACCCUGAACUGGUCUCAUCACUUUCUCACAACUGCAUGUGCAACAUUCCUCAACCUAAAAAUCAAACUUUUCUGUUCAUUUCUUUUCUGUCUGCUUGUUUUCGUUCAAAUAAAAAGGUUUCAAUCUGCCCAACUAGCCUCAGCAGAGCAGUAGACCCAAUGGUAAAUAUUUGUUAAUCAGUGGAAAAUGUUGAAUGAAAUGAACUUCAGUGCAUGUUCUUGUUCUGCUCUGCAGUAGGGGACAGAUAAACGCUGGAGGUCUGCUUGGCUUUAGGAAGGUGUUUCUGAAUUCAUUGACUGGUUUGUGACCGAGAACAAUAACCAGAUCAAUAAUCCUCUAAAACAGUCAAGUUGUUUUAGUUAGUUAACUAUUUUAAACUAUUUGUUUGUGUUGGACACAUGAAAUCCACCUUAGUCAGCACAGAAGUGUUAAAUCUGUUCAUUUCAUAAAGUACCCUAACUAUUUGAGUGAAACGUGGCAUUUGGAUGGAGUUUGUGUAGUGAAAUCCUGGACUUAGACUCCUACUUGUAACCUGCUGUAACAACUUAAUACUUAAAGACGUAUGCAGAGUUGAUCCUAAGGGUCUGCUCUACAUUCUGAAUGUCCACUCGGGCGUUUAUAGGUUCUUCCUUUGGUUUGAAAACAGAAGGCACAGAUAAUUGGAGGUGUGACAUUUUGGAUUUGUUCAUCAACCCAAUUUCAACUGAAUCUUUUCUUUAUCAUGUUUGUGAGAUUAGAUAGCAGGAAGUGGACCUCCAGUCUGAAUGUUACCAUACAGGUUUAGAGUAGGACAACUUACAUUAUUAUUAUUAUUAUUAUGUUUUCAUUGAAAUUCAGAGUUAAUUUGCCAGCUGUGUUGUACAUGUUCCUUAAUACCCUUUGCUUUUAUCCAGAAUAGAGCGUAUGACAUUUUCUAUUGAACUUUUGGAAGUGAAACCUGGAGUUGCUUUGUUAUGUCAAACUUUUUCCACUCUGUACUUCUGAACUUGUGUAUCUUCCUGUGUGCAAGUGCUGCAUGUUUGUGGUAUUCAUUCCUCAAAGUGUUUGUGAAGAUACUGUCAAUGAUUUAUGGUUCUGACUUCUAGAAAAACCUAUUGUUUCCCAGAAUGUUCAAAUAAAAGUCAAUGGCACAUGUGGAAAAACA